CUGAGCUUGGGCGAUUUCAACCUCGAGAAACGGCUGGGUGAGGGCAGCUUCGCUCAGGUGGUGCAAGUACAGCAGAAAGAUACUGGACGGAGAUAUGCACUGAAAGUUGUGGACAAGCACUUGAUUCUGAAACACAAGCAGACCGAGUACAUCAGCAAUGAGCGAAAUUUGCUUGAUCAGUUUGAUACUGAAGGCAUUGUGCGCCUGCACUUCACCUUCCAAGAUGCAACCAGCCUGUACUUUGGACUAGAGCUUUGCCCCAAUGGGGAGCUGUACGAUCAGAUACAGCGGAAGGGAUGCCUCUGCCUGAAAGAUGCCAGAUUCUAUGGAGCAGAGAUCCUCCUCAUCCUGGAGUACCUGCGUGGGCAACAGGCAAGUGCCUGCUCUAUCAAAGCAAUGUUUUUAGUUAUCCAUCGUGACCUGAAACCUGAGAACUUGCUGCUGAGUGCAAAAGGUCAUCUCCAAUUGAUCGACUUUGGCUGCGCCAAGAACCUGGCAGUCAAGCAGAACCCUGCGUCUUCAGCGGCUAGCAGCCCCCUCCAUAAAAACACACGUUCGGCUUCCAUGGUUGGCACUGCUGAGUAUCUGGCUCCGGAGGUGCUUAGGAAUGAGCCAGUAGGAUAUGCAGUGGAUUUGUGGGCGUUUGGAUGCUUGCUGUUCCACAUGCUUGUUGGCAGACCUCCCUUCAAAGGCGCCUCAGAAUACUUGACCUUUCAGCUCAUCUCUGCUGGGGAAUAUUCCUUCCCAAGCAAUGUGCCUGAGGCUGCCCAAGACCUUAUCAAAUCGCUGCUGGCAGGCGACCCGUCAGACCGACUUGGUGCUGGAGACAGAGGUUUGCAAGAGGUGAAAGAACAUGAUUUCUUUUCUGGCAUCAAUUGGCAGACUAUAAGGCAACAGGAGGCCCCCUCAGUGGCACCACCGCCUGCUGAGGCCCACAGCGACAACGCUGAUUUUGACUGGGAGUGGUCAUCCAUGGCUGCUGCCCUGCCGCUG